GCGGCGGGCAGGAAGCGCGGCGCGCGGCGCGCGGCGCAGGGUCCCGGCGGAGACGGUCCAUGGAGCGCGCGGUGUCCGCCACCCGCCCGGGCCGCGAGCCCCGUUUCCUGCAGGCGCUGGCGGCGCAGAGCGGGGCGGCGGGGCUGCAUGCGCGGGUGCAGGAGCAGGACUUGCGGCAGUGGGGCCUGACGGGGAUUACUUUGCGUCCUUAUCAGCUGGAGGGAGUGAACUGGCUGGCUCAGCGCUUCCUCAGUCAUAAUGGCUGCAUCCUGGGCGACGAGAUGGGCCUGGGUAAGACGUGCCAGACCAUUGCUCUCUUCCUCUAUUUGACUGGAAGACUAAAUGAUGAAGGACCGUUUCUGAUCCUAUGUCCUUUGUCUGUUUUGAGCAACUGGAAAGAGGAGAUGGAGAGGUUUGCGCCAGGUCUGUCGUGUGUGACGUAUGCCGGUGACAAGGAGGACCGAGCCAGCUUACAGCAAGACCUCAAGCAGGAGCCUCGUUUUCAUGUCCUACUGACCACCUUUGAGGUCUGCUUGAAAGACGCAUCCUUCCUAAAAUCCUUCCCGUGGAGUGUUCUCGUCGUGGAUGAAGCUCACAGGCUGAAAAACCAAAGCUCCUUGCUGCAUCAGACACUUUCAGAGUUCUCAGUGACCUUCAGUGUCCUGCUGACCGGCACCCCUGUCCAGAACAGCCUCCAGGAGCUGUAUGCCCUCCUCAGCUUUGUGGAGCCCAGGAUCUUUUCCAGGGAGCAGUUGGAAGAUUUUAUUCAGCGUUACCAGGAUAUUGCGAAUGAUUCGGAAUCAGCUAGUGAACUCCACAGACUCUUACAGCCCUUUCUGCUGCGGCGAGUGAAGGCGGAGGUGGCAGCGGAGCUUCCCGAGAAGACGGAAGUAGUGAUAUACCACGGCAUGUCAGCACUGCAGAAGAAGUACUACAAGGCCAUUCUGAUGAAAGACCUAGAUGCCUUUGAUAAUGAGAUGGCGAAGAAAGUGAAACUUCAGAAUGUCUUGUCCCAGCUUCGAAAGUGUGUGGAUCACCCGUAUUUGUUUGAUGGGGUGGAACCCGAGCCUUUUGAGAUUGGAGAGCACCUGAUCGAGGCCAGUGGGAAACUUCAUCUGCUGGACAAGCUGCUGGCAUUCCUGUAUCCCAGGGGCCAUCGAGUUUUGCUUUUCUCCCAAAUGACCCAGAUGUUGGAUAUUCUCCAAGACUACAUGGAUUAUAGAGGCUACAGCUACGAGCGUGUGGAUGGCUCUGUGAGAGGAGAAGAGAGACACCUUGCCAUCAAGAACUUCGGGCAGCAACCCAUUUUCGUCUUUCUCCUGAGUACCAGGGCAGGUGGUGUUGGCAUGAAUUUAACGGCAGCAGACACUGUGAUCUUUGUUGACAGUGACUUCAAUCCUCAGAAUGACCUGCAAGCCGCUGCCAGGGCUCACCGGAUUGGCCAGAACAAGACUGUCAGGGUUAUCCGGCUGAUUGGUCGAGACACUGUGGAAGAGAUGGUCUACCGGAAAGCCGCCUCCAAGCUGCAGCUCACCAACACCAUCAUCGAAGGAGGACACUUUGCUCUGGGCACCCAGAACCCUGCGGCCAGCCUCCAGCUGAGUGAGAUCCUCAAGUUCGGUUUGGAUAAACUGCUGUCCACUGAGGGGAGCACCGUGGAUGACGUGGACCUGGAGUCGAUCCUGGGGCAAACAGAAAAUGGCCAGUGGGCCCCUGGGGCCUUGUCAACGACAGAAGGAGGAAGCAGCUUGCAAGAGGAAGGAAAAGACCACAUGUACUUAUUUGAAGGUAAAGAUUACUCUAAGGAGCCUAGUAAAGAAGACAGAAAAUCAUUUGAACAACUAGUGACUCUUCAGAAAACUCUUUUGGAGAAAACUAGUCAAGAGGGCCGGUUACUCCGAAAUAAAGGCAGUGUUCUCGUCCCAGGCCUGGUGGAAGGUGCUACCAGAAGGAAGCGAAUUCUGAGCCCAGAGGAGCUGGAAGACAGAAGGAAGAAAAGACAAGAAGCAGCAGCCAAGCGGAGGAGACUGAUAGAGGAGAAAAAAAGGAAAAGGGAAGAAGCUGAACACCAGAAGAAGAUGGCCUGGUGGGAGUCCAACAAUUACCAGUCCUCCUGCCUGCCUUCCGAGGAGAGCGACCCAGAGGACCUGGAGGAUGGUGAAGAUGAGCACGCUGGCCCAUCGAGUGAGGAAGACGAGGAUGGGCACUCCAUCACGUAUAUCAGCGGUGAUGUCACCCACCCUCAGGCCGGGCCGGAGGAUGCUGUCAUCGUGCACUGCGUGGAUGAUUCUGGCCGCUGGGGCAGAGGUGGCUUGUUCACAGCUCUGGAAACACGAUCUGCAGAGCCAAGAAAGGUCUAUGAGCUGGCUGGGAAGAUGAAAGACUUGAGUUUGGGAGGUGUUCUUUUAUUUCCCAUUGAUGACAAAGAGUCAAGAAACAAGGGACAAGAUUUGUUGGCCUUGAUUGUGGCUCAGCACCGGGAUUCCUCCAAUGCCCUGUCUGGCAUUAAGAUGGCAGCCCUAGAAGAGGGCCUGAGGAAGAUAUUUUCAGCAGCAAAGAAAAAGAAAGCAAGUGUUCAUCUUCCACGUAUUGGACAUGCCACAAAAGGUUUCAACUGGUAUGGCACUGAACGACUCAUCAGGAAGCACUUGGCUGCGAAAGGCAUCCCAACUUACAUUUACUACUUUCCCCGGAAGCCUCCCCAUGCACAGGCAGCCCCGUCUGCUCCCUCAGGACACCUGGUGCCUUAGAUGGUCCUGCAUCACGUCCAGCCUCCAGCAAUGGCUAUUCUGACGUUUGCAUAGAGCCACCGUGGAUGCGUACUUGAGGAAGGAUUCAGCGUCCUCUAGGCCUCUUUUUUUGGAAUUCUGCUUUUGUUCUCCGGGAUGGCCUCUUGUGGUGCCUGGAAUAUAGGGGUGUUGUGGGUAGCUUCGGGCAGCUUGCUUGGACUUGCUGGGUUCCUACAGCUAGUUUCAUCACAAUAAACAUUGUGUCUUAAAUGGC